AAACGAUGGAAUGGACUGGUGACUGGAGCGACGAUUCUCCGCUGUGGGAUGAAAUUCCAACCUGGACCAGAGAGAGCUUCGGCUUCACCAAGAAGGACGAUGGUGAAUUCUGGAUGAAAUUCGAUGACUUCUGUGAGAAGUUUGCCAACGUUACCGUCUUGACUCUGGGCCCGGACUUUGACGGCGACGGCGGAGCAGACUCUGGUAGUUUGCAGGAGGUGAAGGGUCAGUGGCAGAGCGGGAUUAAUGCUGGCGGCUGCAGAAACAACAUGGCGAUGUACACCUGCAACCCUCAGUAUCCCAUCAGCAUCACAGAGAUGGACGUGCUCUCAGGCAGCGAGGAGGACCAUGCGGACGGAGCCUGCUCUGUCCUGAUCUGCUUGAUUCAGAAUUACCGAAGGAUGGACAGGAAGCUGGGCGUCUCACUGAACCCCAUCGGUAUCCAGAUAUACCAGUGCUCCAACCCCAACGCACCUCUGACUGAGGAGCAUUUUGUACGACACGCGGAGAAGUCGGACUCGGGACCCUACGUGGCUCAGCGGAGUAUCACCCUCCGCAGCAAGCUUCCCCCAGGGCACUACAUGAUCAUCCCCAGCACCUUCGCGCCCAAUACAGAUGGAGCUUUCAUGCUUCGCAUAUUCACCGACGCUGCCAUUCACUUUCACGAUGGAUACAACCUUUUAACAUAAAGAGCACAGACAGUCAGACCAGACUCCGAGACUGCCACACCACGCUUCGGCCUGUUUAUAUGGGGGGAAUCGAACUCCUGGAGCCCACAGCUAACACACGAACCAGGUAGCGUUUUGAAGCCAACCGGCUUUCUGUGCCA